AUGCAGGGUCGGGAGCGGCACGGGGGCUUCGGCAGGGGCCGCGACCGCGACGGCGGGCGCGGUGACUACCGCCGCGGCGACGACCGCGCUGGGCGCUUUGGCAGGCGCCCCGACGCGGACGGCCCGGACCUGGAGGUGAAGGGGCGCGGGGCGGUGCAGGCCGCGCGGUUCGGCGUCGGGGGCUCGGGGCGGGACAGGCCCCGCGGCGAGGAGAACGGCGGGCGCGGCGCGGGGGGCACGAGGGGCGGCGGGGGGGACCUUGCGGCCCUGCGCGCGGAGAAGGCGGCGAAGGCGGCGGCGGGGCCGGCGGGCGGCGCGUACAUUCCGCCGUUCAAGCUGGCGCAGAUGAUGGCGGAGGUGACGGACAAGCGCGGCGCGGACUACCAGCGCAUGACGUGGGACGCGCUGCGCAAGUCGAUCAACGGGCUGGUGAACAAGGUCAACUCGACCAACCUGAAGCAGAUCCUCCCCGAGUUCUUCCAGGAGAACCUCGUCCGCGGCCGCGGGCUGCUGUGCCGCUCGAUCAUGAAGAGCCAGCUGGCGUCGCCCAGCUUCACGCCCGUGUACGCCGCGCUCGUCGCGGUCGUCAACACCAAGCUGCCCGAGGUCGGCGAGCUCCUCCUGCACCGCGCCGUCCUCCAGUUCAAGCGCUCCUACCGCCGCAACGACAAGCCGAUCUGCACGGCCGCCGUGACGCUGGUGGCGCACCUGGUCAACCAGGCCGUCUGCCACGAGGUGCUGGCGCUCGAGAUCCUCAUGCUGCUGCUCGAGAACCCGACGGACGACUCGGUCGACCUCGCGGUGGCCUUCACGAAGGAGGUGGGCGCGGCGCUGCAGGACCUGGCGCCGCAGGGGCUGCACGCGGUCUUCGAGCGGUUCCGCGCGAUCCUGCACGAGGGCGACAUCGGGAAGAAAGUGCAGUACCAGAUCGAGGCGCUGUUCGCGCUGCGCAAGAAGGGGUUCGAGGCCGCGGGGCACCCUGCACGCAAGGCGGAGCUGGACCUGGUGGAGGAGGACGACCAGAUCACGCACGAGCUGAGCCUGGACGACCCCGUGGACGCCAAGACGAAGCUGGACGUGUUCCAGUUCGACGAGGAGUACGACGCGCACGAGGAGGACUGGGGCAAGAUGCGCGCGGAGCUGCUCGGGGAGGACUCCGAGGAGGGGUCUGAGAGCGGCGACAGCAGCGGGAGCAGCGAGGAGGAGAGCGAGAGCGAGGAGGAGGGCGGCGCGGGGGGCGCGGGCCCGAUCGCGGACCAGACGCAGACGAACAUCGUGAACCUGCGGCGCACGAUCUACCUGACGAUCAUGUCGUCGAUGGACUUUGAGGAGGCGGGGCACAAGCUGAUGAAGAUCGGGCUCAAGGACGGGCAGGAGAUCGAGCUGGUGACGAUGAUCAUCGAGUGCUGCUCGCAGGAGCGCACGUACCUGCGGUACUACGGCCUCCUCGCGCAGCGCCUGUGCCUCAUCAGCCGCACCUACCAGGAGAUGUUCGAGGGGUGCUUCGAGCGGCAGUACGCGCUCAUCCACCGCCUCGAGACGGUCAAGAUCCGCAACGUCGCCAAGCUCUUCGGCCACCUCCUCUCCUCGGACGCGGUGUCCUGGGCGCCCGUCGCCGCGAUCCGCCUCACCGAGGAGGACACCACGUCGUCGUCGCGCAUCUUCAUCAAGUUCCUCUUCCAGGAGCUCUCCGAGGCCAUGGGCAUCCGCAAGCUCAACGAGCGCCUGCAGGACCCGCAGUGCCUCGAGUGGUUCGGGGGGCUGUUCCCCAAGGACUCCCCCAAGAACGUGCGCUUCUCCAUCAACUUCUUCACCUCGAUCGGCCUGGGCGGACUCACCGACAACGCCCGCGCGUUCCUCAAGGAACUCCCCGCGCUCAUCGCCAAACAGCGCGAACAGAUGGCGCUGCAGCAACAGCAGCAGCAGUCCUCCAGCUCGACCACCUCGUCGUCCUCGGACACCUCCUCGGACACCUCCUCGGACUCUUCGUCGUCGUCCGGGACCAGCUCCGGCACCUCGUCCGACACGUCGGACAGCUCCAGCAGCUCCUCGGACGCAACGUCCUCGGAUAGCGGGUCCUCGUCCGACUCGGAGGACUCGCGGGACAGCAGGCGCAGGCCCCGCUCCCGGAGCACGCGGGACCGGCGCCCCUCGCCGCCGCCACGCAGCCGCGGGGAGCGCGAGGGGUCAGCGCGCUCCGGGCGGAGCGGCCGCCCGCCGCGCUCGCGCUCUCCGGAGCGCAGGCGCAGCCGCAGCAGGGACUCGCGGGGGGACCGGCGGCGUGGCUCGGAGGGCAGGGCGGCGCGGUCGCCCUCCCCUCCACCUGCGCGCUCGAAGCGCCGCGUGGCCUCGACCGUGGUGCCCCACGGGAGCCCCAGAGCCGCGUCUCCGCCGGACAAGAGGCGCCGCCGCGAGUGA